CAAUGAUUUCAGUGCGCCUCCAAUCACUGUGGCUGGAUGUGGAUGUUGGGCGCUACCUCCAAGCAGUGCCAUCAUGAUACCGACAAAAGGCCUUUAGAAUCGCAAAAAGAAACAAGCAAAAGUGUUCACCGGAGACUCGAGAUUAUUGAAUAUGAGACAGUAUUUAUAUUUUGCGUUAUAGGUUUCUGGUGUUGAAAAUAAAGAAGGGCCUCCUCAUGCGUCAGAAAAUAGCCGGGAAGGAUGCCGUCUAACUGCGUAAACAUAAUGGCUUUGGCUCAGCAUCGACUUAUUGCGUGUAUGCUGCUGUUCUGUAUGGUGACUAGCAUUCACACCCGGUCCUCUAAAAUAUCGGACUUGAAAUCUAAAAUAUCAGGGGUGGAAGAGCUCUUAGGAGAAUUCCGCAAGCAGCUCCAACAGGACCAGACGUAUAGCAGGGAGGAAGAGGAGGUGGUUGACGUCUGCCUGGGUGACUUCAACGCCGUAGAGGAACACAUCAUCCGAGCGAGGGCCUCCAUAGAGCAGGGGGCCACCUUUCUCUCGGCUCCUGACCAGGUGUACAGUUGGAAAGACUGUCUCCAUGCUUGCUGCGCAGACCCCCACUGCACGGUGGCGGUGGUCCAAGAGGACAUGAGACAGUCGGACGACGGCCUCAGUUGCUAUUUGCUCAACUGCAGUUAUAGAAAUAAAAACGUCUGUUCGUUCGCAGCACAGACAGGGUUCAGCACCUACAGCCGGGCUCACAAUACAACAGGGCACGUCACCUCUUCCAGUGGCUAUGUAGAUGGGAACAAAAUCAGGAGACCUGAGGAUAAACCUAGUUUUGAAGAUGGCACGCCAGACAUGGACGAGCCGCCCCGGAGUGAUGCCGGCCAGGAUGUGGUCAUCCAGCUGCCCACUGACUGGGCCGUAGUGGACGGCCGGGACAGUGUGGACGACCACGGAGUCACUCGUUACGAAUGGGCCCUGGUGAAGGGCGACCAAGACAUCAACAUGAAGGUGACCCAUCCAGGGUUACUGAAGAUCAGUGGUCUACAGGAGGGUGUCUAUACCUUCCAGAUGACUGUCACCGACAUCGCGGGACAGAAGAGCACCGACAAUGUCACUGUGACUGUGCUGGCUCCAGAACGCCAGGCUGAAGUGUGUACAGGUAGCUGCUCCCGCUACCAGUUCAUGUGUGACGACGGCUGCUGUAUUGACAUCACAUACGCCUGCGAUGGGAAGCAGCAGUGUCCAGACCGCUCAGACGAGGAUUUCUGCCAGAGCUUUGAUGGGAACAGGAAGUCGGUGACCCACCCUGCAGGUGCCAGCCCACACAGGCCUGUCGCCCAGCCAGAGGAGACUGAGGACCACUCCAUGGCCCAGGCUGGGCCCAAGAAGACCAUGGAGGAGGCAAGACCACCUCCACCACAAGCUCCACAAGAACCACAGACCCCACAGUCUCGUGAGAGGAGCAAAGCUGUGCCCCCAGUCCUGCCACAGCCAAGUCACAGUGAUCAGGAGAGCCCUGUCAGUCAAGAGCCCUGUGCAGCUCCCCCUGCUGUGGGGCCAUGUAAAGGCAUCUUCCCACGCUGGUUCUAUGACCCUGUAGCUGAAGAGUGCAAGCACUUCAUCUACGGAGGCUGCAAGGGCAACCACAACAACUUCCUGCAGCAGACAGACUGUGUCAAUGAAUGUAUAGAAAAAACAGGUGCUGCUAUCAAGCAAAUGACCGUGGCACCUCCCCCCACCACCAAACACACAGAGUCAGUAGAGACCCCUAAAGUGACCAUGAAGUGGCCAGAGACCAAACUACUAGCAGAGAGUGACAUGUUCCCAAUAUCCAAACCACACUCAGUAGUGGGAGGACACCCAGGGCCUGAGUCAGGUGCGAUCCUGCCAUUGGUUCUGGGACUGAUCAUCACGGCUCUGUUGCUGCUCAUGAUUGGCUGUCGUCUGCGGUUGGUCCACCACAAGCUGAAGAAGGCUCGCCCCCUCACCACAGAGGAGUCUGAUUAUCUCAUCAACGGCAUGUACCUGUAGCAGCAUAGCAGGCACAUGCACAGAUAAGGCUCUGUGCAGAGCACACGCCCCUUUGCCCUUCCAGUCUCUAAAGUGCCCUUUUGUAAACAAAACAAACGUUUAUCUUUAGUUGUUGAUAUACAUGGUUUUUGUUGCAGUUGUUCUGAACCCACUGCCCGCAAGUAGUCUUUAAAUUCGCAUUAAAUAUGUGUCAUUGAAUUAGCCAUUAAGAUAUGACCAUCUAUUGCUUCUAUGUAACUAAAUAAUCAGUCAUAAUUGCUCAAUGAAUCUGUGACCGCAGUGGCAGAAUCUUAUUUUUUUGGGUGCCUUUUUUUAAAGUUUGAAAACCUGCCUCUCAAAAAGUCUGUGCAUGGCAUUUCUAUUUCUUUUGGAUGCACCCUCCGUACUAAAAGCCCCUCAGGCAGAAACAACAAAACUGUCAGUCAACUUGUUAGCCAGGAGGACCCUUCAUGAUUAACAGCCUAUCAAACAUUCUAUAUCAUGACAGUGUACACCUUUAGGUGCACUUGACUUAUCUAACUCGCCAUACUAGGUAGGCAGAGAUCACUCUUUAAAAUUGUCCCAUUGGAAGGGUCCCAAAGGUGCAAGCCCGACCCAGCACUCCAGGGUCACGGUUGAGCUAAAUCAAACCCACCUUUUAACAGGGAAGAAAUGUUUGCCACUUUUGUGUACUCGCUUGGCGUGAAAAAUGAUGCUUGUCUGCUCUUUUAUUAUUGCUCUUUCACUUCAUGAAUUAUGGAUGUAUAUUUUCAUUGGGAGAUAUAGUACAUUAUCCCUUACGUAAUACUUCUGCCACUGAGUGGCACUGUUGUGUAUAUCUAUUAGGCUUGGCCUAGAAUUUUAUUUUGUACCAGACUCAUUUGAAAUAUGGGGGUAGCAAACUAUGUAACGUAUUGUAAAUUCCUAAACUACAAUCAUUACUGAAAAUCAUUAUUUUGUUAUAACAGCAAGUAAUUCCAGAAACACCCAUAUCAAGCCAUAAAGCAUUCUAGGCCGUCUGAUAUUGCAAUGUGGUAGGUUGCUUUUCUGUGUCGUCUAGCUAUGUAGUUUUAAAAUGGUGACGUAGCUCAAACGCCCGUAUGCAUAGUGUGUGAGAAAUAGUAAAGUUAACUCUUGAUCAAUGUGUCUUUUGGAACUCUGUGAUAAAGUGUUCAGAGUAUUUUGAGUGGUAAUACAAUCAGAAUAUACAACGUGGAUUCUUCCUGCUCUACUAGAGGUUUUUAGAGUGGUAAGGACAAAUGGCAGUAGGAGCAGUCCUCAACGGCAAAAACAGCUUGAAACAAUAAAUACUCCACAGCACAAAGUGGGACAAAAACAUCUCUUUAUUUUCAUUUUUGCCAUUCCAGAAAUUGUGAAAGCCAUGGACCAUCCAAAAUAAAUGUGCUUUUUAAUUCCA